AUGGAGGAGGGGUGUCCUCUUGUGGAUCACCUGGCCAGCUCCCUUGGAAGCCUACUUGACGAGGUCUUUCAAAGCGCCUUCGAGUUGACCUACAACACGUUGAAUGAACACAGCGAUGUCAACACCUCGAGUCUGCGUCACACACUGUGGUUUUUCGUUCAAAGCGUGUUUGGCGUCUGUCACGAGGAUUUGCGCUACGAACGUGUACACAAACUGCUCUCGGUGGAGCAGCGGUGUUUCCUCAAGAUCUGCGCUACACGACCCUUUGAUCUGAUCGCCUACCAUCCCACGGCUUGUCGUGAACUCUUCACCGCUCUCAGUCCACCCGAAGUUGUAACCGGUUGCCUCGGAAUUGGUGAGAAAGCGAUCUGUGGCGGUGCUCUGGAGAAUUGUUGGGUUCGGGUUUCACUGUUCCGUGCUCUUCUUGUUGCCGAUGGUCUUAGAGCUGUCGAUUAUCCUUUAAUUUGCAAUGUGCUCGAUGUCAUUGUGGACGGUUAUUCCUGGCAGGGCAGUUGGGACAUUAAAGGUAGGUGGAGAGUGUUGCACCGGAGAAGGGUUGGGAUCUGA